AUGGGUCGCCGAUCGAAGAACAAGCAGGCGCCCCCGCAGCCUCUGCCGGAGGACCGCCCCGUCAACAAGGGAAAGAGGAAGGCGCAGGAGUCGUCGCUGCCCGCCAAAAAGCAAAAGGCGACUUCGGGCGCCUCUGCCACCACGCGCACCGCCGCACGCACGUCUGUAUCCAGCUCCAGACCAUCCACCAAGCCUUCCACAUCCAAGACUGCCGCAAAGCCAAGCUCCAAGCGCAAGCAGCCAUCGCCGUCGCCAGAGCCUAGCGAGGAGGAGGAGCUGGACGACGAGGAUGACGAGGAGCUAGAGGAGCUCGAAGAGGAGGAGGAAGAGGACGACGACGAUGAGGACGAGGACGAGGAGGAGGAGGAAAUUGAGGAAGCCGAGGAAGACCCGCUCGAGGCACUCGGCCUGCCAACGAACGGCAAGCUCACCGAGCGACAAAGGAAGAAGGCGCUCGCCGAGGCAGAACGUCUCGAGGAGCUGCUCAAGAGCCAGGGCCUCUCGCUCGACUCGGACGACUCGGACGACGACGAGCAGGACGGCGAGGAGGCAGAAGAGGAGGAGCUUGACGAAGAGCAGGAGCUUGGCGACGAGUUUGACCUCGAUGAGGACGACGAGGUGCUGGGCGAGGACGACGAGCAGCUGGACGAGGACGACGAGCCCAACAGCGAAGAAGAUGACGAGGACGAAGACGACGACGACGAAGAGGCAGACGAGGGCGCCGAGUUCAUGCUGCCUACGCUCGAGGAGCGCGAGGCGGAAAAGAUGCGCGGCGCGGAUCUGCAGCUGGUGCACAUGCGCAUCCAGGAGAUCGUGACGGUGCUGUCGAACUUCAAGAAGCUGGCGGUGGACGGACGAUCGCGCUCCGAGUACGUGGAGCAGCUGCUGUCGGACAUCUGCACGUACUACGGCUACAACGCCUUCCUUGCCGAGAAGCUGUUUGAGCUCUUUACGCCCGCCGAGGCGAUCGAGUUUUUCGAGGCCAACGAGACGCCGCGUCCGGUGACGAUCCGGGCCAACACGCUGCGCACGCGUCGACGCGAUCUGGCGCAGGCGCUCAUCAACCGCGGCGUCAACCUGGAGCCCAUCGGUGCAUGGAGCAAGGUGGGGCUGCAGGUGUUUGAGUCGAGCGUGCCCAUCGGCGCGACGCCCGAGUACCUCGCGGGGCACUACAUGCUUCAGGCCGCAUCGAGUUUCCUGCCGUGCAUUGCGCUUGCACCGCAGCCCAACGAGCGCGUGCUCGACAUGGCCUCGGCACCCGGUGGCAAGUCGACGUACCUCUCGGCACUCAUGCAGAACACGGGCACGGUUUUCGCCAACGACUCGAACAAGAACCGCAUCAAGUCGUUGGUGGCCAACAUCCACCGUCUCGGUUGCAAGAACGUCGUGGUGUGCAACUACGACGGACGCCAGUUUCCCAAGGUGAUCGGUGGGUUCGAUAGGGUGUUGUUGGAUUCGCCGUGUUCGGGCACGGGUGUGAUCCACAAGGACCAGUCGGUCAAGGUGAACAAGUCGGAGCGCGACUUUGCGCUGCUGACGCACUUGCAGAAGCAGCUUCUGCUGUGUGCCAUCGACAGUGUCAAUCCCCGCUCGAGCACGGGCGGAUACGUGGUGUACUCGACCUGCUCAGUCAUGGUGGAGGAAAACGAAGAGGUGGUGCAGUACGCGCUGCGCAAGCGUUCCAACGUCAAGAUCGUCGAUACGGGAAUCAAGUUUGGCCGCGACGGAUUCAAGGCGUUUGGCCGCAGCAAGUUUGACGAACGCAUGCCUCUGGCUCGCCGCAUCUUCCCGCACGUCCACAACCUCGACGGCUUCUUCUUGUGCAAACUCAAGGUCUCUCCCCCCUCCAACAACAACAAGAACGCCCCCGCGGCCGAGGCGGACGCCAACGCAGAUGCAGACGCCAUGCUGUCGUUGGACAACCCCGAGGACCAGAAACGCAUGGAAAAGUCGCUCAAAAAAGCAAAGUCGUCGCGUUGA